CGGAGCAGCGCUGUGAGGUAAGAAGGCGGCGGCAACAACGGCGGGAUUCUCGGCCCGGUCGGCGGCGGAGGCUGAGGGAGGGAAGGAAGGUAGGCGGGCGGCCUCUGCGAUUAAUUUUGGACCUGAUAUAGCAACAAAUUUGAACUAUGCAGACAAUUAAAUGUGUGGUUGUGGGAGAUGGUGCUGUUGGUAAAACAUGUCUUCUAAUUUCUUAUACAACAAAUAAAUUCCCCUCUGAAUAUGUACCAACGGUGUUCGAUAACUAUGCUGUAACCGUGAUGAUUGGCGGGGAGCCAUACACCUUAGGCCUGUUUGAUACCGCAGGACAGGAAGAUUAUGACAGAUUACGGCCCCUCAGCUACCCACAGACGGAUGUGUUUCUGGUCUGCUUCUCUGUGGUCUCGCCCUCUUCGUUUGAAAACGUCAAGGAAAAGUGGGUCCCCGAAAUCACUCACCAUUGUCCGAAGACUCCGUUUCUGCUCGUCGGGACCCAGAUUGACCUCCGAGACGACCCUUCGACGAUCGAGAAGCUCGCCAAGAAUAAGCAGAAGCCCAUCACUCCCGAGGCCGCGGAGAAACUGGCGCGGGACUUGAAAGCUGUCAAAUACGUGGAAUGCUCUGCGCUCACACAGAAAGGCCUAAAGAAUGUAUUUGACGAAGCAAUAUUGGCUGCGCUGGAGCCUCCGGAGCCGAAGAAGGGCCGCAGGUGUGCACUGCUAUGAACGUCCGGUCUCUUCACACAGCCCCUCCUGCCAAGCCUGGUGUUGAUGUCAUACUAAAAGCAAUGUCGAAAUCAAAACUAAAAGAGUUUCAGAUUUUCCAAUAUUUUCCUCUUUUUUUUGUUUUUGUUUGUUUUUAUUUUGCAAUAAUGACAAAAACGCCACGCGCCCCUUUCUCCCCCCCCCCCCCAUCAUGCUCCCUGCGUCAAGAGGCAAACCUUACGCCUUUUUCCUCCUUCCGGGGCCCUUCGGUUAGACUAAUUCUUUAAAAAAAGAAAACCCCGACAUAGAGUAAGGUAUCCCCCCGACCCUGCUUAGUAACCAGGGGUUGGGGUUUUGUUUCUUGUUUUGGUUUGUUUACUGUUCAAUUUUUUGUUUGUUUGUUUUCAAGAUUCAGGCAUGCUUAAUGAUUUAUUAUUAUUAUUAUUAUUAUUUUGUUCCUUCCCUAGCAGACUAAUUCUUAGGUCUCUAGCCUCCAGACCCUCUUCCACCCUGCUAAGCUGUCCGUAUUUCGGAUUCUUGUGGGGUUGUGGUUUUUUGGGGGGUUUUUUUUGCAGCCGGCUUGGAGCGGGCUUUUCAAUCCUUUGGGGCCGCUUGGCCAGGCAAGAGAACCGUCCCGAAACUUGGGCGCUCCUUUGGAAGGGAGGUGUCGGCGGAACCCGCCUCUCCUCUGACGUGGCCUUGGCUCUCUCGUUCACCCUCCUUUCCACCUCCAGGCAGGCGGGGGAAACCUCGGCCCUCUCGAUAUAUUAGCCCCACGUCGUGGGGUCGGUUCGGCCAAAAGCUUUCAUCUCGGCGCGCGUUUUGGUGUGUUUUGUCGAAACACACUUGGGGGUGGGGGGGCGGGGGUGGAAAUCCCACCUGGUUUUUGCCAAUUGCUGGUGUUUUUUGGGGGGUGGUAUUCUUCUUGUUGUCGUUGUUAGUUGAGUUUGAGGAAUAAAGCCACCACCACCCUCAAACCUGGCAACAUAUAUAGGAGGUGUUAACGGACAAGAGCCUCUGGGGUGGUUUGCUCCACCCCGACCCCCGACCCCCAACUCUCUUGGUAAGCAGAGCCAGCUAUGAUAACAGGCCUACGUUCAAAGUUCCCUCUGCCCCACUUGCCCCCCCCCCGCCCCACCCCCCAAGCUGCCUUCGGAGGUUCGACACUUGGAGCCCAAAGAACUCUCCGCGUGCCACUAAGGGGGUUUUUCAUGGAAAGAGACCCAAACGGGCGAAGGUAUUUGGAUGACGUGUGUUGCGAGGGCUGGUAAGAGGUUGGGAUGGAUUCCAAGAGGUCUCCUGAUGGGUGAGGAUCUUCUUUAACUCCGCUCUUCACCGGGAUCUUCCCCCAAAUAUACUCUGGCUUUUAAUAACUUUUACAAAUCUACCCGGAUUCUAAUUCUCGUAGACUCAUUAGUGUUGGAACUGAUGGCUGUUUUUCUUCCCCUUCUCCAUGUCUGAGUUCUUUGUAUAUGCAUUUUUUUUUCCAGAUGUAUUAAACAUAAACUAUCUUCAC